CGACACCACAACCAAACGUCAAGAUGACAAGAACAAGUCCUCUAAUAUAUGCCGAGCUUCUUUCAAAUAUCCGUCAGAUCUCGGUCUUUGCUUCCUUGGAUACACCAUGUGACGCAACGACAAAAGCAGAGCUUGCUUCUCAGGGUCAGCGCGUCGUUCUCACUCAUGCCGGACAGACGAUUUCCCCGAGCCUCCCUGGUCGGGUAGCUACCAAUGCUCGUCUUCAGAUCCCUUCUUUGGGCAGCAAAGAACUGUCAUGGAGGUUGCCUUUGGCGGAAGCGCCAGCCUCCUCUACCAUGGAGCAACUGCAAGACAACGAGGCACCUUGGUCCGCGAAGCAACUAGGAAGCAACCUUGAAUUUGCUUGCAGGAAUUGCAAUACAAUAGUAUUGAAAGAAGGUGUCAUAAACACGUGGAAAGACUUACCCAGUGAUAAUUGGGCAGAGAUGAUGGAGUUCUGGCAUUGUCAUAAGCCUGAUGUGCCAGAGCAUGAAAAGACUAAUGGCGCAAGUGGCCAAAGUCUAGCCGAUUCUAAUGCCAACCGAGGCUACGGGGCUAACACGAAAUUUGUUGCCCGCUCUGGUACUGCUCUCAUCGAUUCAACAACCUUUCUGGUAUCUGAAAGCGAUUGCUCUGGCUUGCAGGUAAGGUUUCAUUCUCUUGCUUUUCUGUUGGUAUUUCUUUCUGAGUUUUUGUUUCUUUCACGGGUACCAAGAAGGUGGCCAUGCAAGCUCUUUGCUUUUCAGUUGUCUGAUCACCGAUACAAAUACCCAAAAUUGAUCACUUGGUCUCCGUUCCGCACGUUUCAGCGGACAAGUCAUUGAGACCUACCCUUUUCUUCGCAUUAUGGGUUACCUCUUUGACAGCGAGGACACCAAACUCGUUCAUUGCCCGCCACGUUUUCCAGAGAUUGCAGGAUAACAUGGGAUAAGAACGAGGCAUAUUUAUUAUCGAAGCAACAUAAUAGCAUGGUUCUCUCAAGCAUGAACGGCGAGAGAUCAUUCAAGUUGUACCAUAGAAUAGUUAAUUAAAUAGUAACUAAUGCAUUCUUAGACAACUAAACCAUCUCAAACCCACUCUGCGUACCAAUUUAUUGACUGUGGUAACUGCCAAAAAUACCUCGGAAGAGUCGAUGAUCAAGCCGAAGGAAUUCGACUUUACAAAUGGCGACUGAAGUCCAAAAGCUCAACACCUUCGCCACAAUCAAGCUCUCCCUCCUUGUAUUACUUCGUAGCUGCUCAGCUGACGCAUCUUUUGCAAUCCCAAUGUACCUCACGCGUUGUACUGUAUCCAAUGGGUUGGAAACCCUCUAUAAUAUCCUCGAAAGCUGUUCCGUCUAUGAGCGAAUCACUACCUCCAUCCCAAUCACCUAUUCCAUCAACUGAACCUACCGCUGGUCUAGCAAUUCGACCCAAAAAUAUCACCACCUCCUCACUUUCCCCAUCUACAUCCCCAUUAUUCAUCUCGCUAUGGAUCCUAACCCCUGGCCUACGCUAUUCCGCAUCGAACUGCCUGGGAGACGAGAAACACUCGCAUGAUAUCUCAUCGAACCCCUUCUCACCCGGAAAACUUGCAAUGAAAGUCUUUUGGAAUACCGUCGAUGAAGAAGCAGCUGCCAAACUCCAGGAAAGGGAGGAUACAGAGGAAUUGUCACUGCCACUUGAAGCCAUAGGGGAAGUUGUGGAUUGUUUGAUGGGGAGUGCUAGGAUGUUGCCGCCCAGCGCUAGGAAAUUUCAGACUUGGAAUGUGGGGUUGUUGGAGAGGUAUGAUGAGGGAUGAGAGGGGAUUGGAUUAAGGUGUUUUGAGUGUGGAAGGGAUGUUACUUGAUGGGCUUCUAUGGAAUAGACUACCCUUAGGUUGAUGGGUACGCUUGUUAGAUGCUAAGAACUGCAUUUAUUGUAGGGGUUCACAUCCAUUUUAUUAGUGCCGUAAACCUUGCCGCCUUCUUUGCCAUAACCAUCAUGCCAUGAAGCUGCCACUCCGUGGGAUGAAGCUCUCAAAGGUUGGCUCGCUUGCACAGCCUCCGACGGGCAUAGAAUUUGGGUUCCUCCUCGGAAGAAGAAGAGGAAGGCUUUCCUCUGGC